AUGGAUUUGGAAUUCAAUGUCUUUGCCCAACGUCGAGUCCUUGAUCAACAUGGUAUUACCAAAGAAAAGUUCAUUGAAGAUGUUGAUACCUUAUUUGAUUCACAAAAUCAAGAUCAAGAUGUAAUUGUUAGUCUACCUUACUUGUUGAUGGUCAAAGAAAAAUUGAUGAAUAGUUUGAAAUAUCCUGAAUCAGAAAUUUUUCGAAUGAUCUAUAAUCAAAAUUUUAUGGGACAUUGUUUCUCAGACAUGCCAUUAAAGGAGUUCCAUGAAGAAAUAGACAAAGCCAUUGAGAAAUACUUCUUCUCGCUUCCAAAAGAAGAUGAGGUACCAAAAGAAUCAGAAGAGGAAUCAGAAGAUGAACAAAAAGUUUCUUUCAAAGAAAUCAAUGAGAAACUUGAUUCAAUUCUGGAAGCCAUUGCUGAUCUUCAGGAUGAAGUUUUCUUGAUUGCCAAACAUUUUAAUCCAAACAUGAACGAAUAA